UAAACCUGCAGCGAUUAGCGUGCGAUUCCAUCCCUCCCCUCGUAAACCCGACAAGCGACAGCCCCGGCCCUAACGGAAUGGCGUCGCCGGACGACGAGGCCGCGCAGCCACCGCCGAAGCGGCCCCGGCGCGACCCCGAAGCGGAGGAGGACGCCGCGCAGCCGCCGCGCGUGGCGCUCAACCCGGCGGACUGCGAUCUCGACUUCGAUGUCGGCGGGGGCGGUCUCCAGGGCAGCGCGCUGCACGAGGGCGGGUUCGCCUACUGCUGGUCCGGCGCGCGCGCGACGGUGGGCACAAGGGGUGGCGGGAGGUACUGCUUCGGGUGCAGAAUCGUCGCCGAGCAGCCCGUGGAGAUGGACCUCACGGCCCCCGAGGAGCGCCACCUCUGCCGCAUUGGGGUCUCGAGGGGCGACGAUCCCAUCGGGGCGCUCGGGGAGUCCGACCACAGCUUCGGGUUCGGGGGCACGGGGAAGUUAUCCCACCAGCGGAGGUUCAGCAACUACGGCGUCAGGUUCGGGGUCGGGGACACCAUCGUCUGCGCGGUGGACCUCGAUUCGAAGCCCAUGGCGUCGAUCGGGUUCGCGAGGAACGGCGAGUGGCUUGGUAUCGCGAAGCAUUUCGAUGCCGGUGAGAAGGGGCUUGGUUUGGUUGACGCGGCUGUGAGGCCGAUGCAAUGGGAAUCCGCGCUCUUUCCCCAUGUCCUGCUGAAGAAUGUUGUCGUGGAGAUGCAAUUCAGCAGGGAGGACGGGCUGGAGCCAGUUGAUGGUUAUGAGCCCUGGGCCUCGGCUUUUGCUGAUGGGAAUGCAGUAUUUGGGCCUUUGUUUGAACAGAGUGAAUGUGAGGUCAUGAUGAUGGUUGGUCUCCCGGCUUCAGGCAAGUCGACAUGGGCAGAGAAGUGGGUCAAGGAGCAUCCAGAGAAACGUUUUAUCCUUCUGGGGACCAACCUUGCAAUGGAGCAAAUGAAGGUGCCAGGAUUGUUGCGCAAGAAUAACUAUGGUGAGCGUUUCGAUCGAUUGAUGGAGUGUGCUACAUGGAUUUUCAACAAAUUGCUGACCAGGGCUGCAAACACCCCUCGCAACUUCAUCCUCGAUCAAACAAAUGUCUACAAGAAUGCCCGUAUUCGCAAGCUGAGGCCAUUUGCCAACUACCGCAAGACUGCUGUGGUCGUGUUCCCAUCACCAAGUGAACUGAAAUCUAGGGCAGCAAAGCGAUUCAAUGAGAUGGGAAAGGAAGUGCCAGCUGAAGCUGUUAACGAAAUGACAGCCAAUUUUGUCUUGCCACUCUCAAAGGACAUGCCUGAUUCAAAGGAGCCUUUUGACGAGGUAAUCUUUACAGAGCUUUCUAGGGAUGAGGCCCAGAGAAACCUAGAUGAGAUGCAACGAGUGCUGCCAAGAACCGGGACCCCAAGCUAUGGAAAUUCCAGUAACAAAAAUGCUAGCUCAACAUAUGUGGUGACUGCGGCUCCAGUUGAUCCUAAAGCAAGGCCAUCCAUGGCAAGCUUUCACCCACCAAUAGGCAAUUCAUAUGGAAGUUAUAGUGGCACCGUACCUGGAAGUGCUGCUACUUUCAGCACAGGUCUGCAUACUGCAGGCAACACAAUGCAGCAACAGGCACCUUCUAGCGUUCAGAGGUUUCAGAGUCCAACAGGAAACCAACAUGAAACCCAUUCAGGCUAUCCAAGUGCUCUGAACCAAUAUCAGAUGCCCUCAAGCUAUCCGAGUAACCCAAACCAACUCCAUGGAAGCUACCAAAGUACCCCAUUUCCUGGAUAUGGACAAAGUACAUAUGGAUCCCAUGGGAACCCAAGCCCAUACAAUCCUAUUCCUUAUAACCCUGAGAUGUACCAAUGUGUUCAGGCUCCCAUGACAAGUAGGAACCUCUACCAGGCUGGGUCAGCCGAAGCCUACGGGGCCCCUGGCUAUGCAGCUGCAAAUCUGAUUGGGAGGCCACAUCAGGUGCCACCACCAACUCUUCCAGCAUACAGUUCACAACCAGUUGCUCAGUGGGUGCCAAAUCAAGGUAGUUCUUCCUCAUGGAGUUCUGACAGUUACAGACCCUAUGGACAACAAACUGAUGCACACUACCCGCCGUAUGCUGCUCCAGCAACACCUCCCACUCCCUGGCUUCCUCACAGUUCUGCUCCAAACCACAUGAAUCAAUGGCCGAGUCGGAACUAGCUUGAUGGCACAUAUUGCUUGUUUUGUCACGAGAUGCACAAAUCACAGGGAUAUGUCUGAUCUCAUCCUUUUUCAGGUUCUAGGGAACCUUUUUGCUGCCAUCAUGUACAUAGUUACACAUUUAAAAUUUUGCAGCUCGUUGGAUUAUCUUGUUGAGGUUUUUCA